UCUUCGCUGGCUCUUUUUCAUCAUCCAUAAAGUUAAAGGCAGCGCAACGAAGAGCCAUCACUCACAAACAAAGUAAAAGCGAAAAAAAAACUCAAAAACAUUCUUCUCUUUGGCCUUUUACUCAAAACCCACACAUAUCUUUCUCUGGCUCUUUCUUUGUCGGAAGUUAUGGACGCUACGAAAUGGACACAGGGGUUUCAAGAUAUGAUGCACGUAAAACCAAUGGAGCAAAUCAUGAUUCCUAAUAACAAUACACAUCAAUCAAACGCAACGCCCGAUGCCAGACCAAACACCAUUCUCACAUCUAAUGGCGUCUCAGCCGCAGGAGCCACCGUCUCCGGCGUAAGCAACAACAAUAAUACCGCGGUUGUAGUAGAGAGGAAAGCAAGACCACAUGAGAAAGUAAAUUGUCCGAGAUGUAACUCAACCAACACAAAGUUUUGUUACUACAACAACUAUAGUCUCACACAACCAAGAUACUUCUGCAAAGGUUGUCGAAGGUAUUGGACCGAAGGUGGCUCUCUUAGGAAUGUUCCCGUUGGAGGAAGCUCAAAAAAGAACAAGAGGCCAUCUUCUUCAUCAUCAAACAUCCUUCAGACAACACCAUCCUCACUUGGUUUGUCUACAACACUUCCAGAUCUAAACCCACCAAUUCUCUUCUCAAACCAAAUCCCUAAUAAAUCAAAAGAGUCAUCACAAGAUCUCAACUUGUUGUCGUUCCCGGUCAUGCAAGAUCAACAUCAUCAUCAUCAUCGUGGUCAGAUGUCUCAGUUUCUUCAGAUGCCUAAGAUGGAAGGAAAUGGCAACAUAACUCAUCAGCAGCCUUCGUCUCUCUAUGGCUCUUCCUCGUCUCCUGUUUCAGCUCUUGAGCUUUUAAGAACAGGUGCUAAUGUUUCUUCAAGAUCAGGGAUCAACUCAUUUAUGCCCUCUGGUCCAAUGUUGGAUUCAUCAAACAAUAUGCUGUACACUUCUUCAGGGUUUCCAACAAUGGUUGAUUACAAGCCAAGUAACCUCUCUUUCUCUACUGAUCAUCAUCAAGGGAUGGGACACAACACCAGUAGGUCUGAUGAUCAUAAUGAUCAUCAUCAAGGUAGGAUUUUGUUUCCAUUUGGGGAUCAAAUGAAGGAGCUUACAUCAAGCAUAACACAAGAAGUUGAUCACGAUGAUAAUCAACAACAAAAGAGUCAUGGUGAUAAUAAUAAUAAUUCUUCAAGCCCUAAUACUGGAUACUGGAGUGGGAUGUUCACUAAUACAGGAGAAGGAUCUUCAUGGUGAAGCAAAAUGAUCAAACGGGAUUAUGAAGUUAGCUUUCUAAUUUUCUUCAUGAUACUUUGCCUCAUAUGGUUACAUGGGGUAUUUUAGUUAAAGUUGAGAACUUAGCUAGCACAACUUAGUCUUUUAUUCACCUUAUUUUUGUUGUGUUUUUGUUUUGUUUAAUUAAUAUUUGUUUUGUAACCGUUUCAUAAUUAGGUUUGAUGGUUAUUUAGAGUUGGUUUUUUCACUUUUGUUGUACAACAAAGUUAUGUAUAGGUAGAAAUGAAAAUGUGAAUACGAAUCUGUGGAGUGUCACAUGAUAUGUGUAUUCAUCAUUUCUUCUAUCUAUAGAUACAAAUAAUCUCAUAAAGAUUAUUCAUGAUAUCUAUUAUCGAUUUGUAAGUUC